ACAUUCGUUUAUACGCCAAAUAGAAACUGAAGUGAUUAUACGAUUUAAAAUUGACAUUAUGAACGCAUACAAACACAAUAAAAUGAUUUCAUGUUAAAAUUUCAAUCAUUUUAAAACAACUCAUCCACUAUCGUGUACUUAUAACGUCAAUCGGGUGCAAACAAAAAUAUUGCCAAACGAAAGUGAAUGUGUAAACGUCAGUGCAUCAAGUUAUAGAGGAACCGAAAAAACGAAAACAACAUCAAAACGAGUCGGAUAAAAGGUAACAAACAACGUUGACGACGCAUUUCGUGUGAUUAUUUUACGAAUCAAAUGUAUAAACAAGAAUCUAAAGUAGCGACGCGUCUUAAAUCAUCACUAUUGAACAUUGUUUGACAUCUCAGCGGCACCCGUAAAAGGUCAUCGUAUCGACUGUAGGUGAAAGUCGGGGACACAACCGUUGAAAUUAUUGGCACACACACACACAUCAUUUUUCAUCUAACAAAAUGGGAAUCAUAUUAGCGAAAUUUCGAAAAGAAAAAACCACAAUUGAAGUACUAGAGGAGCUAGAGACAAAGAUCAAAGACAUUGAAAGUUUCUCAAUCAGUACACAAGCGCGACAGAAACGUUUUGUGGGCAAUUUUCUUGUGUUUUCAGUUGGUUUAUAUGUCAUUGCGUCGAUUGUAUUUUAUUUUGCAUUUUUCCCAUCAACAUGGUCAAAGCGAAUUAUAUAUUCAACCCCGUUACUUAUAUUUCCCAUUCUAAUCAUCUUGUUAAAACGAUUGGUUGCAUGGUAUUUCCAGCGAAAGAUCAAUCGCAAUGCAAAUCAAUUAAAACAGUUGCGUGCCGAUAAGAAGAAGAUCAUUGAACAGGUCAUGGACAAGGAAACCUAUAAGGUUGCCUGUGAAAUAUUGAAUCGUUUUGGAGACACAGCAACGCGAGCACAACAUCAACCUGUUGCUAGUCCAUCACCAAAUCAAAGUUUAAUCGGAUCGAAUUUAAGUACGCCACAGAAACAACAACCAAAUAAGGUUGGAAUAACGCCACAAACACAACCAAGACAACCAAUAAUGCCAACAGCUCGUACACCAAUCAAUGUACGAAGUAUGCCGCAAUCGGCACUGAACGCACUGCAAACGCCAUCGUUUGGCCAAUACAGAAUUAACUCACCCGUACCCACGCCCGUUGUUGCGAGACAACACUAUGGCACACCAUUUCCGAUUAUCAACCAAAACCAAAAAGGAAUGUUUGAGAAAAUUGUUGAUUAUUUAAUAAACGAUGGACCAAGCAGUCGAUAUGGCAUGAUUUGUAAAGAAUGUUAUGGCCACAAUGGCAUGGUAUCGCAGGAGGAAUAUGAAUAUUCAGCAUUCAAGUGUGCCUUUUGUAAGGCUUUGAAUCCGGCAAAGAAAAUUCGACCAAUUGCACCACGAUUGAAUUUACCAGAGAGAAGUACUGGCGAGACUAGUAAUAAGCCUCUGCCAAGUCAAUCACAGCAACCGAGCUCUUCGGCGCCGGUUACAGACAAGGAUUCGGGCUCUGAAUCCGAUGCAGUGACGAGUGAGCUUCGAAAACGCAAAGAAACAAUCGAACCAAUUGAAACAAUACCUGAACCAACAGCAACACCAGCUCCAGAACCAAUGAACGAACCCAAUGAAGAUAAAGACAGCAAACCUAGUGAAAAUGUUAAAACUCAUAACGAUAAGAAAAAUGAAUAAUUUAUAUGAAUUGUUUUGCUUUUUAAAAUUAUGCUCAAA